AUGUCAUCGAAUCCUCCUCGCCAAAACACACAAUCGCCACCUGAAGCUCAAACCACCCCAUCUGCAAACCCAUCGCAGACAAGUACCUCAAAAUAUGAACAUGGAUGGAGAAGAGUUGUUCGCAAUUUCACCCCAUCAUGGUUCUCCGUAACAAUGGGCACAGGAAUAGUCUCAAUCCUCCUCCACAACCUCCCCUACAACGGAAUAUGGCUCUACUGGAUCUCAGUAGUAAUAUUUGCCCUAAACGUCCUCCUCUUCGCACUGGGGACUAUAAUCAGUUUUCUCCGAUACACACUCUACCCCGAGAUCUUCACAGUGAUGAUCACGCACCCGGUACAGUCAAUGUUCAUAGGAACAUUUCCAAUGGGUCUCGCGACGAUAAUUAACAUGGUCGUUUUUGUGUGCGUACCUGUUUGGGGUGAAUGGGUUAGAUAUUUUGCGUGGGGACUUUGGAUUUUCGACGCGGUUGUUUCGGUUUUGACGGCUCUUUCGUUGCCUUUUAUUUUAAUGGCCAAUGGAAGCGAGACGCAUUUAUCUUCUAUGACGGCCGUUUGGCUCUUACCGAUUGUUAGCUGUAUUGUUGCGGCUUCGUCGGGGGCAGUUGUUGCCGAGAUCCUGCCUAAUGAACAGUAUGCUCUGUGGACAGUUAUCGCGAGCUAUGUGCUUUGGGGAAUGGGUCUUCCGCUUGCUUUGAUGGUGAUGGUUAUUUAUCUGAUGCGAUUGACUCUUCACAAAUUGCCGCCGAAAGCGGUGAUUGUGAGUGUAUUUCUUCCUUUGGGUCCGCUUGGGCAGGGGGGAUAUGGUGCAAUGAAACUAGGCCAAUGUGCCCAACUGAUCUUCCCGCAAACGAAGACGUUGGAACAAUCGUCCGGGUCUACAUUUUACACGUUGGGAUUUCUGGUUGCACUGAUUCUCUGGGCCUUUGGACUUGUUUGGUUGUUUUUUGCGUCUGCCUCGAUUGUAAGGUCGAAGAGCUUUCCGUUUAAUAUUGGGUGGUGGGGAUUUACGUUUCCGUUGGGGGUGUUUGCGGCGAGUACGGUGCAGAUGGGGAAUGAACUUCCUUCGAAGUUUUUCCAUAUUCUCGGGACGAUUUUGUCUGUUUUGGUGGUGAUGCUGUGGAUGGUGGUUAGUAUGGGGACUUUGCGAGGGGUGGUGUCUGGGAAACUGUUCCACGCGCCGUGUCUGGGGGAUUUGAAGGGAGGGAAGGAGGGGGAGGGGGGAAAGAGGAGGGGAAAAGAGGUGUAA